CAAAAACAGAAUUAAUCUUCCACCGGUUAUUAAUAAAACUCCAAGCGAAAGGAAACGAGCCAUGUCUCUUGAACUCAAUCACUCUUGAUUCUACUAAAAAGGAGGUCUCGUUGCUUCACGUUACACGAGGGAACAACCUUAAAAAUUCCUCUGAAAUCGUCAUUCAUUGCUUCACCUUAAUUUUCUCGAUUCUUCUUCACAGUAAGUGAUGCAUCUGAAUUGAUGAUGAUGCCAGACGCUACUAGUAGAUGAUGGCUUCGACGGCGGAGAAUGAGGCCAUUGUACAUAGUACUUCUCCUCAGAUUUUGACCACUUCUGCUGCUGAAGAUCAGGUUUGUGACGCAGAGAUGCUACCUGUUCCUGAAGAUUAUAUGACAACAACAACAAGUCAUGAUGCUGAUACCGUUUUGGACCAAGAGUUCGUGGUUCCUUUCCCAGACCCUGCCUCUACGUUAGACAUUCAUGGUCCUGCCAGAUCAGAUCAGAGUGUUCAAGUUAACCAUUCAGAGGCUGUUCAUGAAAACGGUGUUCAGCCUCCUAACAUCUCACAUGGCGCACCUCUUCCUAUGGGACACAAUCCUCCGAGGCAUUUGUUUAGUGACCCGUAUGAGUACGAACUUGAGAAGAUACGCAUAGAAGAAGAGAACUUAAAGAAGAGCGUUGAAGAAGCAACAUCACAGCUAAUGGCUGAGCUGGAUAGGAAGAUGGCUGAAGCACGGAGCGAGUUUGAUAAGGAAACACAAGAGUUCGAUGCCAAAGUGAUGGAGGUAGAUGCCCGUAUGGGUCUUGUUCGAACGGGCAGUCUUUUGGGGAACGCUUUCGUGUCUAAAUGUUCAGAGAGGAGUGCAUCCAAUGAUCUUGCAGCUGUAAGAGCAGCUAUGAUCUCUCAACAUUCAACUCAGCAGCAACAAGCGGUUCAAACAAACACACAGAUGAGUUCAACCGCUCCUCCAAGAGUGAGACCUCAACAAGAAAGCACACGACUGAGUACUAGUGCUCCUCCUCGACCCUCAGUCGUAUCAGUGGAUGAUGACCCAGUCCCAAACUCAUCAGCUCCUCUUCCUCAUCUUCCCCGCCGCACCACCACGACUCAAACAAGUCCGGUGACUCAGCAAACAGUACAAGCACACACGCAUGUGAACUCAACAGCUCCUACUCCACCUUCAGUCACAUCAGUGGAACCUCAAACACCAAACUCAUCUGGUCCUCUUCAUCAUCUCCCUCGCCCCACGACUCAACCAAGUCCGAUGUCUCAGCAAACAGUACAUGUGAACUCAACCGCUCCUACUCCACCUCCAGUCACAGCAGUGGAACCUCAAACACCAAAUCAUUUACGUCCUCUUGCGCGCUUCCCUCAACCAAGUCUGGCAUCUCAGCAAGCUGUUUCGCAAUCAAACACAAACGUGAAUUCAUCAACACCUCUUCCUCGACCCUCAGCGAUAACAGAAGGUCUUCCUUUGCAUUCGCCGCUCUCAAACACGCCUAGGCCAAGACCGCGUCCUGUAAUCUCCAACGUGACUCCUCCAUCUUCUUCUUCUCCACCAGUGCGUGGCCCGGCGCCUCAUAUAUUGCGUGCCUCGGCUCCCCACUUGGCUCGGAGACCGGCGCCUCAUCUAAGGCAAUAUGGAUCAUUUCCAGCUCCCACGUCUGCUGCUGCUGCACCAACAACACAUCCAAGAAGGUCGGUUCAAGAACAAGAGCAGCAGCAGCAGCAACAAGGGAAGUCAAAUGGUGGUUUGGUUAAUCUUUCAGAUGAGGACUAGUGAUAUAGUAAUUCAUAUCUCUCUUUUUGUAUAACGUUUUUUCGAGUUUCAUAACCGAAAACAAAACCAAACCAAAAGGUAAAUGUUCUAAAAAAAUUGAAAGAAAGAACAAAAUAAAGAAUCACUAGUAAAUAUUUUUCAUCCAGCUAGGAUGAUCUGA